AUGGACCCCAUGGCUGGAGAGAAAUUAAACUAUGAUCAAGAGGAAGAAUCCCAAUACAAACAACAAGGAGGUGGUGCAAUUUCUGCACCUGCAGAGGAUGAAUUCACUGGUGAUGAUGUUGAUGAGUAUGAUGAGCUCUACGGUGAUCUUAAUAUUAAUGAGGGUUUUCUUCAACCUCAGCCUUCUGAGGUGCCUGGUCCAAAUGGGGCCGUGAAUGUGGCUCAGAAUGGUGAGAGCAGGCUCUUCGUGGGAGAGCUACACUGGUGGACUACUGAUGCCGAAAUUGAGAGUGUUUUAUCUCAAUAUGGGAGGGUCAAGGAGUUGAAGUUUUAUGAUGAGAAACAUAGUGGGAAAUCCAGAGGGUAUUGUCUGGUUGAGUUUUAUGACUCAGCUUCUGCUGCGGUUUGCAAAGAAGGAAUGGACGGUUACCAUUUUAAUGGGAGAGCUUGUACUGUGGUAUUUGCUUCUCCACAGAAUGAAAGGCAGAUGGCACAAUCUCACUCUCACUCUCAAUCUCAAUCUCAGCCGCAGGGAAGGAGGUCUCUGAAUGACAAUGCAGUCAUCAUUACCUGCGGAACACCUGAUCCUACUGGAGAUUUUGGAAGAGGUUUUGGAAGAGGUGGGUUGCCGAGAGGACGACAAGGAGGUGGACAUCGGAGAUUCGGGCCUAACUGGGGCAUAGGUGCCUCUAUGAGACCCAACAUGCCAAGUGCACGAGGCUUUGGAGCUGAUGCAAAUUCUGGAGGUUUCAUGAAUCCACAUUGUAUGAUGGGUGCUGGAUUUGAUCCAACACUGGGUCGAGGUCUUCCACGUCCGACUUUUCCGGGGAUGAUACCUCCUUUCCGGAACGUGACUGCUCUGGAAAUGUCUGGUGCAUUUCGUCCUGUGAAUCCGGCUUUCUUUGGCGGGGGAAUGGCUGCUUAUGGAAUGGGGAUGAUGGGAUUUAGAAAUGUCGGCAUGGCUGGACCUUCUUCAGGAAUGUGGAAUUACGCAAACAUGGGUGGAGGGAGAGUACUGCAACAACUCAGCGAAAGCACAAGUGAGUCGAGUUCGGGUAGUGAAGCCAACACGGGUGGAGGGAGCCCGGAACAACGCAGCCAAAGGACUAGUGAGUCGAAUGUUGAUAAUGAAGCAAACAUGGGCGGAGGGAGACCGGAGGAACAAGCUCAAAGGACAAGAGAUUCGAGUUUGGUUAGUGAAGCCAACACGGGUGGAGGGAGACUGGAGCGACGCGGCCCAAGGACAAGAGACUCGAGUUUGGAGUACAGGGAGCACCGGUACAGGGACCGCGGACAGUACAGCGAGGACAGGUACAGGGAGCGCCGCCAGUACAGGGAGGAAAGAGAUGAUUAUGACCAUCACCGGGCUUACAGGGAUGAUCAUUAUGAUCGAGGACAAACUUCUGCACGAUCUAAGGGCAAAGCGCCUGUUGUAGAGGAGGAUCACGGAUCAUCUCGUUGGAGGGAUGCUUACCAUGGCAAAAGGAGACGUUGGGACUGA